AAACAUAUAUCCUAAAACUUCUUCAUUGCUACUGGUGCAUGUGUAAUGAUUGUUUGAUUUCUUGAUUCUGGAAAAUAAAUCAAAAUCUUACAUAAAAAUGAUGCCUUUACUAACCUUCCUACUGAUGGUCCAUGUUUCACAAGCUGAAACACAAACUGGAAGCUGCAAAGACAUCUUACAUGGCUUCCUGUCUGGACAAUUGUCGUCAGCUCUUGGGGAUUAUCAGAUUAAAGCUUUGAAACAGGAGUUCCUAAAGUUCACAAAUACAAUGCAGCAAUCUAUGAACGUAUUCAAGGAACAAAUGAAAGCUGAUUUUGAGAAAAAAGGUAAAAUAAAAAAGAGUGUCGUGUAUACAAGAUGGGGAAAGAAGACAUGUCCCUCGAAUGCUGAACUGGUUCUUUCUGGAUUUACUGGUGGGUCACAUUAUACUCACAAGGGAGCGGCUGUUCAGCCCCUUUGUUUACCAAAAGACCCCGAAUGGGGCAGGUACAGAGAUGGAACUGACGGCCAUAAAGCUCAUGUAUAUGGAGCAGAAUACGAAACCGACAUUUCACCGAGUAGCUUGCGCAGUGUCUAUCAACAUGAUGUGCCGUGCGCUGUCUGCCUGGUCCAUAACAGAUCUGUUCUGAGAGUAUUCCCAGCAAGAAAAACAUGUUACAAAGGUUGGAAAUUGGAAUACGAUGGAUAUCUAAUGGCGGGAUAUUAUGGUUUUCCUGCUGCCUCAACUUACACAUGUGUGGAUAGGAACCCUGAUACUGUUACUGGAGGUCAAGCUGACCACAAUGGUUAUCUUUUCUAUUCCGUGGAGGCAAUAUGUGGUUCAUUAAAAUGUCCACCAUACGUAAACGGGCGGGAACUUGUAUGUGCUGUCUGCUCCAAAGAAUAGAGUUAUCGGAUUGUGCAAUGGAAAUGUUUCCAAACAAUAAAAUGGGGUUUGAAAAUUG